AAUAAAUUAUUAAAAUAAAAUUAAUAUUAAUUAAAAAUAAAAAUAAAAAUUAUGCAAAAAACAUUACUUUUAUCUGUUAUAGCUUUAUUCGGUAUUUCUUCAGUCUUAUUUUUCUUCACUCAUCAUUAAUAAGAAACAAAUAUUAAUAAAGAUACCUAAUUCUAAUAAUGGCUUUAAAAAUACAACGUGAAAUUAGCUGGAGAAGACUUCACUUACAGAAGACAAGUUUUCUUUGAAAACCUUGAAAAAAUCUCUAAAAACAAUUCAGAAGACAAUGGAACUACUUAAGAAGCAAAUUAAUUUGCAAUUUUAACUUCUUCUGAAUUUAAUUAAAUGUAUAAAGGAUUAAAAAGAUAAUAAAAUAAUAUUUAAAACUUAAAAUUAUAAAUAGUUGAUGAAACUGCUCCUCUUCCAGCUUCUAUUGAUUGGAGAAAAAAGAAGGCCGUAAACCCUGUAAAAGAUUAAGGAUAAUGUGGUUCAUGCUGGGCUUUUUCAGCUGUCGGAGGAUUAGAAGGUGCCUACGCUAUUGCUAAUAAAAAACUCGUCUCAUUCUCUGAACAAUAAAUAGUCGAUUGUUCAAAAAAUGGUGGUAAUUCUGGUUGUAAUGGAGGUGAUUUACCCCCUGCUUACGACUAUGCUGUCGAAAAAGGUAUAUAAACUGAAGCCUCUUACCCUUACACAGCCGUUGACGGAGAGUGCUAAUAUAAUUCAAAAAAAGUAGUAUUUAAACCUGAAUCUUAUACUAAAGUAAAAACUAGAGACCCAAUUGCUUUAGCUUAAGCAGUAGCUAUUUAACCAGUUCCUGUAUGCAUUGAAGCUGAUGAAUCAGCUUUCUAAUUCUACAGUGGAGGUAUUGUUAAAAAAGGAUGUGGAUAUCAAUUAGAUCAUUGUGUAGUUGUUGUAGGAUAUACAUCAAAUGCUUGGAUUGUUAGAAACUCUUGGGGAAGCAGUUGGGGAGAAGACGGAUAUAUUAGAAUUGCUAGAACUAAAUAAAGUGGAUAGCCAGGUGUUUGUGGUAUCUAUGAAGAACCUGUUGUUCCUAAUUUUAAAAAAUGAUUAUUUUUUUUAAUGGAAUUUUAUAUUUAUUUUAUUCAUGUUUUAUUUAAAAAAAAAAUAUUUUUUAGUUUUU